UUUGUGCUUCUGAUGCAAACGAAAUGCGUGAGUGGAAAAAGUGGUCAAAAUCAGUUCCCCACCCGGCUCGAAUACGAUCGAUACCAGUCGGAGAACGUUACCAUGACGACAGAAAACGUCAACGCGAACUUUUUUUUAAAGUCGAAACCAACCUGCUGCUGCAGUUUUUCGGAAGAAAAAACAUUUUAUCGCAUCCCAUAAGAUGAAUGAGGCCACAGAGUCCCUUCUCAAAUAUGACACUCCGGUUUCGAUCAGCAAAAGCACUGCGAGGAAAUCGGGGAAGGGGCGUCCAUUCAAAGUGAGCGCGCAUCAGCCUGCUGACACCCCUGUGCCCCCUCCGCCUAAAACCAAAUCAGGGUCAGCUGAAAAUGAGGAAAUCCUUCACGUCAUCUUUCCGCCCAGGGAGUGGAUGGAGGGCAACCAGAUGUGGGCGCAGCGGGUGUCCAGUACGCCGAGUACACGGGCCGACGUGGUCAACCUGGAGGAAGUGCUGGACAGGAAGUUGCAGCAGAGGCGGGCCUUGGAAACGGGCAUCUGCCCCGUGCGUAGGGAGUUGUACUCGCAGUGCUUCGACGAGCUGAUUCGGCAGGUGUGCGUCAACUGCGCCGAGCGAGGCCUCCUGCUGCUGCGCGUCCGAGACGAGCUCCGAAUGACCAUCGCCGCUUACCAGACCCUGUACGAGAGCAGCGUGGUGUUCGGCAUGAGGAAAGCCCUGCAGGCCGAGCAGGACAAGGUGGAGGUGCUGCAAAGAAUAAGCGAUCUGGAGAAAGAGAAAGAGGAUCUGAUGACGCGGCUAAAUGCUCAGAAGGCCGAGUGCGUCGCCAACGAGAGGAGGGCCGAGGCAAAAUGGGAAGCACAGGAAAAGAAGUACACGGAGCAGAUUCAGUUUUUGAAGAGGACCAACCAGCAGCUCAAGGUAGAACAUGUCCACCUUUCAAUGCUUCUCUUCCUGACGUCUGCAUGCAUUCCCGCUUAGACCCAACUGGAAGGGAUGGUGGCGCCAAAGAAGUAACUAACUCCCCAGCUGCGACGUGUCGCUGUCGCUACAUGGCAUGGCUACAAACGGAGGCAAAU